AUGAUGUUUCCUUGCAGCGCCUUACCGCCUCCUCUCUACCCGGACCUGCUGUGCCCUCCGGCCGCUCUGACCUCCCCUCUCUCCCGGUCACCCCCGUCCGGUUACCGCGUGGAGGAUCUCCUGCGAAUUAGCCAGCCAGCGUACAGCUACCUACAGCGGACGUUCUCGGUGGCAAACCCCGGAGAAGUCCUAUCGCUGAGCCUGGGUCCGGGUGCCUCACCCCGGGCUUUGGGACCCAGCACAGCUCGCCCUGGGUUCCAGACCUCCGGCCAGGGGAACCACAACAGCGACCCUCCACAGUCUGCCUGCCCCGCCUCAAGCUGCCUCAAGUUCGGCGUUAGUGCCAUACUGGCACCGUCCACACACAGUGGUUGCUCUUCUCCUCCUGUCCACAAUCUGCAGACCAAAUCCUUUCCUCUACCAUUCCUAGAUGCAAGUCUCCAUCCUUUCAUCAGAGCUUCCUGUUUCACAGCCUCCUCCUCCUCAGUCGUCCCUGUCCCUGGAACCUUUUCAUGGCCCCUGGCCCCCAGAGGGAAGCCCAGGCGGGGUAUGCUACGACGCGCCGUUUUCUCAGACCUCCAGAGAAAAGCCCUGGAGAGAACUUUCCAGAAGCAGAAGUACAUCAGCAAGCCAGACCGGAAGAAGCUGGCCUCAAAACUGGCACUCAAAGACUCGCAGGUGAAGAUCUGGUUUCAGAACCGUAGGAUGAAAUGGAGGAACUCUAAAGAAAGAGAGCUGCUGUCGACCGGGGGCUGCCGCCAGCAGACCCUUCCCACCAAAACCAACCCCCACCCAGACCUCACGGAUGUGCGCAGCACAUACUGCCCCAGCAGAAGAGAGAGGACUACAGCCACGGGCCAAGAACAGCUGGAGAGCCAGCAAUCACAUCUUCACCACCACCAUCAUGGUUCUUCACCAUCACAGUCCAGCAGUGACGAAAUCACAGUUUCAUAAGAACUUUUUUAAUUGGUAUUUUUGAAGUCCUAAGUCUACAUGGCUGUUAUUUGGGAAUGUUGAUGAAGGUGUAAGAGAUGCCUGACGAGGGCUCAAUAUCACAAGUGCUUCUGUUUCCUUUGGAAACGGCUGUGUUUUUUCUAUCAGCAUCUACUGAAAGUCGGUGCCAUAUUUCUGUACAGUGUUUUGUAUAUGACUUUCUUAAAAAUGUAGUAUAGCAUACUGUGUACAAUUUGUGAAAUAUGUACUGAACCAUGGAUUUCAUAUCUGUAGACUGAUUGAACUAGGGAUGUCCGAUAUUGGCUUUUUUUUCUGAAAAUCUAUAUUGUCCAUCUCUCAAUUUCCAAUUCCGAUAUCAUACUGAUUUGUAUAGCAUCACAUAUCUCCUGUGGUGGCGUUUUCAUUAUCAGGAAAAAAAUCUGAUACUAAUAUCAACUGAUAUCACAUUUUUAUACUGAUAUCGGGCAUUCCUAGUUUUGACGUUUAAAGAUGUAGUACAUUUUUUGAAUACUACAGACUAUUUGUAAUCUUUAUUUUCUUAAAUAA